AUGCUUAGGGAUCCAAGAUUGCGGUUUUCACCAUUUAGGAAACCAUGGGACCUUGCCGAGAGGUGGGAGGAGGAACAAUCAAAACUUCUGAAAGACAUUAGUGUUCCAAACUUCAUGCAUCCAAAUGCAGAGAGGGCGGCGGCAGAAGCAGCAUUGCAAGGAAACUUUUACUUCGUAGAUCCCAAAUCAGGUCCUUGGAGACAAAAUCCAAUAGAGGAGACUAAUCUAUCAAGAGAAGAUGUAUUUUCUUAUAAGGAAAGCAACCACUUGAAGAAAUCUCUUGCAUAUUCAUUUCUAAGUAACCCUGCUGCAUGCGGUCCUGCGACAAUGAUUCAUUCCAGAAAAACUUCUUACAACAGCAACAUAGAUAAGUAUGAAUUGGGAUUUUUCAAUUCUCCAGGAAGCUUGAGUAUUUCCAAGGAAACUUCUUAUUCAGAUGAUUACCCAUUUAAUUGUUCAAAUGCAAAGAAUAAUUUGCCACGCUGGCUUAGAGAAGCAAUCAAUACUCCUCCAAUGUCCAGAGAGCCAAAUCCGUCUGCAGAUCAUUGCUUUGAUGCUAGUGGUAGUAAGUCAUGCUUUCUGCCUCAAAGUCAAUCGAGUGCUUUGAAGACAAAUGAUGUACACAUAUCAAAUGCUUCUCACUCGUCAACCUACUCAUGUAGAAAAUACGGGAUGCUGAAAAUGAACAAGUCUCUGGAACAUCAUGCAAGAAAACAAGAUGACUUGAUUGUUAUUGAUAGCGACACAUCUUCUGAAGAGACUGUAUCUGACGAUCACCGUGCCAGCAUGAAGAUUUGA